AUGAAGGGUAAAAACAGUUUGAAUCAACAAAAGAACGAAAGCGAAACUUUGUGCGAUAUAAACAUGGACGUUAUAAGGAGUCAAUAUAAUUCUACGGGUCCAAUGGACAUGAGAUCAUUGUAUGGAUUUAAUAUACAUUUAUCUUUACUCUCCUCUUCAAAGUCAAUUUUUAAACAUAUUCUUGUUCAAUUUUGUAGUUGUAUCAGAGCAAAGAACCAACUACGAAACUUGCUAACAAUUUUCCAAUUAUAUAUCAGCGAUACGAGGGAUCCUACUAGAGAUGCAAAAUAUUUUUCGAAAUGGGAAAAGAACCUAAAAAAAUUAAAUGGAUUUAUAGAUCAAAUUAAUCGUAACGGAUCUAAUUUUGAGCUACCACAGGAGCUCAGAGGUUCAAAAUUGUCGACAUUAUCAGCUGAAAGUAUAAAUAAGGCUUACGUAUUAAUUAAUUCUAUGAAUGGUGCUAAUUCCCAUACGGGCAAUAAUCCGGAACAACCUUCAUGUCAGAAGAUAACCCCUAAUCGUAAUAAAUGGAGAGAAGAAAAACCCGGACACAUUGUCGAUGAUGAAACGACAUAUACUACCGAUCGACCAUCAACUUCAGGUGUCUCUGUUACUACUGCUCAAAAAUCAAACAAUCUAUCGAAUACCGAAAUACAAAUAAAAGAAGAUAUACAACCUUGUUAUAUGAUCUCAACACCAAAAAUGUCUAAGAAAUAUGACUCAUUCCGAAUUUUAGACGCUGGAAAAAAUGAGCUUUAUAUUAAAUUAGCCAAGGAGAAAGAAUUAGAGAAAGCAUCCGUAUUAAAAAUGAGAGUUGUUAAGAUACAAAAAGCAAUAGAUGAUGAUAAUAAUGGUCGCAUUUUGGAACAAAAAAUCAAUCCUCCAAAGGUUCUGGACCAGACAAUAGAAUUGCUUACUUAUUUAUCAAAGCACGAUAUAGUUUCAGAUAAAGAUACAGAACUUGUUAGUACGGUAACUAAUUCAAGUACAACUGAAGUGUUGUCUCCUGAAAUAGGAAUAAUAAAUAAGUUUAAAAAAUUGAAGUCGUUCAAUUUUAAAUGUGGUAGUGGUGAUGUUAAUGAAACAGCUUUGAAUUGCAUUUAUGAAAAUAGUCCAAUCCUUGCUGUUGCAUACAUUGCUUCGCGAGAUCCGCGUUAUAAUCAACCGGGCAACUUGCAGUUCCUUGACAUCGCACGGGGAGAAGCAUAUAAUCUUUAUGGACAUGUUGCACCGGAUUUAAAAUCGAAAGCUGAUCUAUGGACAUCAAUUACAGAUGUUAAAUUUUCGCCUGACGGGGAAUUUAUUUUCUCCGCAUCUACUGAUGCUACUAUCAAGAUGAAACUAGGAAUUUUAAGAAACCCUAUGAUACAAAAGCGGUCAGCCAAAAACCAAAAAACGGUUCCAUGUACCAAUUUGCUUCUUGUGAAGACUCCGGUUCAAGUCCACUCUAUAAGGAAAGACCAAUAUAAGUUUAUUUUGUCUUCUCAAGGAUUUCAAGAAGAUAAAUGUUACAGGGCUGGAAGUGACGUUUUAUUCGGACCGGAGAAUUUUCUCAUUGUUGGACACAAUGGUCUUUCAGGUGACAAACAAGGUGUUGUUAAGGUUUGGGACAUUAAUACAAGAAAAAGGGAAUCCUAUAUGAAAUGUUAUUUUUCAAGUGGCAUUAGUUGUCUAGAUAUGUCCCAUUAUGGAAAAUGGGUCGCUUGCGGAACUACUGGUGUUGAUAACGAAGAAGGUGAUGGGCGCAUGUGGAUCUGGAAUUUACAAUGCGGCUCGAAGGUAUACUGUGCAACUCAAGAGAGAGAUGCAAAUGUGAUAUCAAUAUCACAAGAUGAUAAAUAUAUAGCUCUUGGUGGAAUAUCCAAUACUGUCUAUGUAUUUGAUCCAAGAAAAAUGAAUAUGUUACUAUAUGCAUUUAAGCAUGAGGAUCCAAAUGAUGGUCUUCUUCAUGAUGGAAUAAUGUCAUUACAUUGGAUUCCAGAUAGCAGCUUGCUUAUAAGCGGGGGUAAUGAUAAUUGUGUAAGAAUUUGGGAUGUAAAUAAAUGCGGAAAACAAAAUCCUUUAGUUUAUCAGUUUACAGAGCAUGAUAAUCUUAGUCUUAUGACUGUUGGAGUUUCUACUGGAAAAAUUUAUGUGUAUUCUUCAAAUGAAAGUUUUAUUCAAGCUGGUAAUAGACUUAAAUAUUUGUAA